AUGAGGCAGAUGACUUCUUCUCCUCUCGAUGGACGGCUGGAUUGUGAAGACAUGCUGUACGAGGAACCUGAGCCGGAGGAUUCAGGCACGGAUUGGGUGGUGUUACGAGUAGGAGGUCAGGUGUUCGAGACCUCGAAACAGACGCUCUGCGCGGAACAGUCCAUGCUGGCGGCCUGGGUGCUUCGCCACCGUAAUAACGACGACGAGAAUAGGGAGAAUUCUCGCGUUCUGCGAAUUGAUAGGGACGGCCAACGCUUCAGGCACGUCUUGAAUUAUCUUCGUAACGGGACGGUUUGGCUUCAGGAUGUGGCGUCGCUGCGAGAGCUUCUCGAGGAGGCGGAGUAUUUCUGCCUUUCUGGUUUGCAGGGGCUUUGCGAGGAAAAGAUCAGGAAUAUUGAGGAUGCGGAUGCAGCAAUGUGCCAGAGGAGUGUUGAGGCUUUGCAGGACAAAAUUCUUAAUUCCGUUGGAAGCUUCGAGAAGUUUCGUGCUCGCUGCGGCAGUGGCGAGGUGUAUGCCGUGUUGAGAGGGAGGCGGCUGGGCUGCAGAGACGGAGAGGAGCCGGAGUUUCGCCUCGAUGUGGAUUUCUAA